AAUAUACCUUAUACCAGUUACUCUAAAAUUACAAAACCAAAUUCUGUACACCAGUGUGAUUUAAUUGAAAUGCCAUAUAAUGAAGAUGUAGAUACGAGUUUGUUGGAUAAUGGCCCAAUAUUUUACUAUGUACUAUUGGCUUGGCUAUUGCAAUGUGACCAAGGUUAUGAGUUCAUGGAAAGCAUGACAUUGAUAAUAGAUGAACACAAUGUUAAUAUCCGAAAAACUAAAGCACGUUUCAGGCAUACAAGCUUGGCUAUGGUUGAUCAUUAUGCCGGAUUAUUCGAAUUAAGGGUUUUUAAAAAUCAAUAUGCGAUAGAGUUUCUCUUACCUACUAGCGAACGCUAUAAAGAAUGCGAACGAUUUGCAAGAAGAAUUGUUAAUAACAUGAAUGAUACUCCUACUCGCAUAAUGCCCUCUUUUCCCAAUCACAACAAAUUUGUGCAUCUAGAUUCAUUUGCCCUUGCGGGUGAAAAAAAGGCACGAUUUGAUAAUGCUGAUUACCACUAUAUUCGAAGGCCAAGCCUAGCUCCUCAUUAUACCCAUCUAGAUGUAAUCCUUUUAAGAAUUUAG